AUGUCUCAAUUGCCUAAUCAGAUACCAGAGUCCGAUAGGCGAGUGCUGAAUGUACGCGGCUAUGAUGUUGGCCAAUAUCUUGGUGGUGGUGCGUACGGUUCAGUAUUUGUUGGCCAAUGCAAUGAACUGGCCUACAAACACAGUGAGGUAACACCCGAACUAGUACAGAGAUGUAUGACUGAGAAAAAGUCGACUGUUUUUAAAGAGGGAACCGACGGUAAGCUAUACUAUAAUGAAUCGUUGUCAGGUAAGCCGUGUGCCAUCAAAAUGUUAUUAAUUAGUCAAUCUCAGGCACAUUUCAUGUAUAAUGAGGGACAGCUACUAAAGGAUCUGAAACAUCAAAAUAUUAUUGAAAUUUAUGGUAUAGUAGAUACGCUAAACACUAUGUAUAUCAUCACUGAGCUGAUCACCGGCGGAACUAUGGAAAACUAUAUCAAACAGUGUCGCCGUACAAACCAACGUAUCAGCCAAUGGCAGGUAAGAGAUCUGUUUCGGCAAAUGAUGUCUGGCUUACAGUAUAUGCACUGUAAGCGUGUUGUGCACAGAGAUAUCAGUUUAUGGAACAUUAUGUUACAGAUACGAGACCUUAACCUACCGGGACAAGUGGUGGUCAAAUAUAUUGAUUUUGGUUCGGCACUCAAUAUGGAUGUCUAUACAGCACAGGUAGGCACACCACGCGGUCAUACUAUUCAAGGCGUUACAGAGUAUAACGAUAUCCGUUCGUUGAGUGCUGUCUUUAAAGCUGUACUGUCGGUGUCGGACUUUGCGGACUCCCAAUUGAAGAAUCGUAUUCAACAUAUUGUAACACUCAUGGACUACAGCUUUGAUCCGCACUACCGUUUAGUUGAGGCCCUGUCCGCUGAUCUCGAGCCACUGUUUGAACAGUUACCACCAGAACAGCCACAAUUAAUUGGUACAACAGGUCAGAGAUCCGGAUCGGGAACGGCUACUAAUUAA